UGAGCGGUUUUAAUGAACCAAAUAAUAAAUAUUACUAAGCCAUACUGAGGUAUUGGUAUGACCAUUGACGUGACUGACGAGUUUUGAAAAAUAAACGGUUUUGAGUUAGGCCUAACAUACUGUACUAUUACCUAUCGAAGGUAUUGUUAGUGAAAGCCUAACGUCAGAGUGAAUUAUUAUCUACUGUACAGUAGUUUUAAAGCUGUGAAUGAAAAUCUGUAUCACCUCAAACCCAAAAUAAUGUGGAGACAUUCUGUAGGAUGACUUCAUUUUUCAAAGCCAAAGAGAAAUAAUUAUGGUUGUCAAAGGUUUUGCUAAAACAAUGCCUUCUACACGGAUGACUGCUAAAGAACUGUGCGUGAAUGAUGACUUGGUGACUAGCUUAGUUCUUGAUUCAUAUCUUGGAUUUACUACUCAUAAAAUGAACUUUGGAUUUCAACAUCCAAAAGCUGAACAAAAGACAAGACAGAUUGUGGAAGAUUUCUUACAACAUCAAGAUUAUGAAAAGGCUUACAAACAACUUAUACUUGGGGACUGGAUGACGAAUUUUUUUCAUGACAAAUCUAAACACCAGAAACAAGCCUUUCAUGAUCAUGCCUUUCGCUACCUGAGGAUGUUUGACAAGGAGGCUGGUUUUGAAAUGAAGCCUUGCAAACGGUACUCAAUGGAGGGAAAUGUUGGAGCUAAAAUUUGUGCAACAGUGAAAUGGGAGAAAAAUGACAAGAUCACCUACCUAGUUGGUUGUAUUGCAGAACUGACAGAGAAGGAAGAAUCCCAGCUGCUUCAGCCUGGCAAGAAUGACUUCAGUGUUAUGUACUCUUGUCGUAAGAACUGUGCUCAGUUGUGGCUAGGACCUGCUGCUUUUAUUAACCAUGACUGCAGACCAAACUGUAAGUUUGUAUCAACAGGCCGAGAUACUGCAUGCGUUAAAGUACUGAGAGAAAUUGAUGUGGGAGAAGAAAUCACUUGUUUCUAUGGAGAGGAUUUUUUUGGUGAUAAAAACUGUUAUUGCGAAUGUGAAACAUGUGAAAGAAAGGGUACUGGUGCAUUCUCUGCUUACCAAGUUAAAAUGGAAGAGGGAGAAACCAAGUCUUCUUACAGUUUCAGAGAAACAGACAAUCGUUUAAACAGAAUGAAGCGGCAAGCAACUUGUGCAGAGAAGACUAUAAACAGUGCAUCAUUAGAACCGAUUGUUAAUAAUAUAUUGCAGAAUUCUACAAUGAGAGAACUUCGAAAGAGGGGCCUCGCCCGGUACGAUGCACAACUCUUGCUUUCUCAAGGUUAUAGAUUCAGAGAACCCAAAAUUGUACUAUCUCCCAAGAAAGACUUGACCCACCAAAAUAUAUCAAGAAAGAAAGAGAGUCAUCAUGAUGGUACCAAGUUCCAGUCUGACAAGUUUAAAAGAAGAUAUUAUAACCACAAACAUAUAAAGAAAUAUAAGAGCUGUGAAACUGAUUUUGAAAACUAUAAUGUUUCUCUAGAUCAGCCUAUUCCUUACAGUUUUAAAGGGAUUUCUCCAGUGAACAAGAUGAGAGAGAAACUGAGUGAAAAGUUGAAUGAAAACCAUGCGUGUUAUUCAAGUGAACAAUUUCCUGAUUGCAAGCAAGAAAAUUCUAUGAGCUUCCUACCAUUAUGUUUAGAAAAAAAACACAACUAUGAACCAUUUAAGAACAAAGGAAACAGUGGUGUGAUUCAUAGAAAUUAUGAAAAUAAAUUGUGUGCAAUUCAGAAUUUCAAACAACAAAAACCUGAACAUGAUUGUAAUGAACUUGAAUAUGAGAAAGAUGUUUUUAAACUUUCUCUGUUAGAAAAACUAAAUGACCUGCCUUGUGUACAGCAGGCACAACUGUGCUCCGAACUUUCAAAAUCCAAAGAAGAAAAUAGCAUGAAUAAAUUCUAUAAUGGAAUCAAAAUGAAUGCUCGAAGAAACAUCAACAAUGUCAAUAUUGACUCAAAAGAUUUUCAGAAAGUGAUAUUAUCAUCAGAUAUUAAUACUAGAAAAAAUUCCCAAACUUCAUCAUGUUCAACGAGUCUUGCAGAGGAAGAAUCGGUAAUCAGACUAUCAUCUUCUAGUAGCAUCCGUGAAAACAGUUACGACAAAUCAUCCGAUUUUUCUGAAAGGUCUACUCGCAGAGAAAACAUGAAUUGUUUUUCUUGUAAGGAUAGUUUGUGUCCUAAAAAAACAAAAUCCCAUCACUGGAAAGCCAUCAUAUUGGACAAUUCUGAGGAACCUUUUCUACAGACUCCUGACUUGCCAAUUCAAACAGUUAGAAAAACUGUAGAAACAAGUUCUGGUGACUUGCAGCCGGAAGCAUGUGUAAAUGUUGAUCAAGUUAUGAAUCAAGAGAAGCAACAGCAUCUCAGUAAGAUAAACACAUUUUCACAACCAGCACAAAGAUUUUCAACCAAAAGAAAUGUUUGUAUUUCAACACGUUUAAGAUCAAGGGAAAGAAGAGAAUCCCAUGAUGUGGUUUUAUCUAAUAUAGAUUUUAAAAAUACAAAUAACUUUCAGCAGUCCCCUCAUCAAAUAUAUCCACACAAAUCUCAUCCUCAAGAUUUAGAAGCUUGUGAUGAAGGCAUUAAAAAUACAAGGAACAAAAUGAUGUUAGGUCUUUGUGGAAAGGUUAAUUUAUCAACAAGUUGCCAGCGAGUGACACGCUCCAGAACAAGAAAUUACAAGCAUUUAAAUAGUGGAUUUCAAAAUAAAUAUAAAAAGAACAUGGAUGAUACAGGAGGACCUAAUCUUGAAAAUUCCUUAUCACAAAGUAAUUUUUUAAAAAAAGACUUUUUGAAGAAGUCACAUAGUGUUUUCCAUUAUGUUUCUUCUAAUGUAGGCUUGUAUGACAUAGAAUCUAAAUCUUUAGAACAGCAAAAUGUUCAGCAGACAGCAAUUACUAAAACAAAAGAAACUGAAAAGGCAGGAAGAACCAGCUAUGACAAACGGUCGCUACAAAAGGUAUCAAACUCCGUUUCACUUCUUUCUGAGAAAAGUAGUUACACAACUUCAGAAAAGUUGGGUAGCUUAGGAUCAACUCAAAAUGUUAACUUUUGCACCGUCAAAAACAAUUAUGAACAUGAAGGUGAUCAGGUGAUAUUAAAACAAAACAAAAAAAGUUUGCUUGUAGACAGGAAGAAAUGCUCAGUCAACAGAAGGUGUUUAGAGAGAUCAUCUAGUGUGAAGGAACACAGUUUUUCUAGUUGUGUUCCAUUUACAAAGAUACUGAUAAAUUGUACUUCUGGCUCUGCACAGAAUACAAAAGAAAUCAAGAAUCCCUUGUCACUUCAGAGUGUUUCUGAAACUGAUAGUAUUGCUUCCAGAUUAAGAAGACCAGCAAGAAGGUUGAAGGGAAAAAAACGUGAAUCAAGUAAGCAGCUAAAUGAAACUAUGACCAACUGUUUGAGGGAAUUAGCAGGUCAGAUAAGUUUACAAGCUAUCAAUGAAAAGUCUUCAGAAAAUUUUCCAGUUUCUCCACCAAACGAUACCAGAUCAGAGCAGUCUUUCUUACAUACAGUCUUACCGAUAGGACAGGGUGAAGGUUUAGAGUUUAUCAAGAGUAGUGACACAAUUCAAACAAAUGAAAUGAUUGUUGACCAUAAGCCACAACACAGCUUGUUCUCUAAUUCCUCAUAUUUUAAGUUAAGCCGUGAUAAGCCAACUGAUCCAUUAAAUUGGGCAUUAACUGAUUCCACUUCAAGAAAGAUUCAAAAUAACAGCAAGAGAAAUUCUCCUCAUUUCAGUUCAGAAUGUACACAGUAUGACAGAAAAAAACAACGUAGGGUGAAUGAAAACAGUAGCAGCAAGUUUUCAUCUGACAAAGAUCCAUCCCAAAGGUGUCUGAAACUCACCAUUCGUGUGAGAAGAAAUCCAGUUAUAGAAGAUCAGGCCCAUCUUAAGCAACCUAAAGUCUCUAAAUAUUCUAUGAAACAAAACAUGAUUUAUGAAAUUCUUCCGGUUAAGAGCAGUGAUGGAGAAUGGAGCUCAUCUUCAAGCUUCAUGAAGAAGAAGAAGAAACACAAACAGAAGAAGAAAAAGAAAAUAAACAUAGAAAAAUGUAAAAGUACUAAACUAAAAUUCUCUUCAUGUGAUCUCAAAAAAAAUUCUGAUUGUGUAGAUGCUGAUCAAGCUUUUGUACCAAGAGGUUCAAGUUACCUUGACAGUUCUUUAUUCUCUUCGUCAUCAUCAUCUUUGACAGAUUCUCUCCCACAGCCUGGAACCAAAAGAUUUCGACUUAUUUUAGGAAAUGAUACAAUUAAUAUUGACAUCCCCUCAACAAAAAUCAAAAAGAGUAAUUAACAAUUAUUUUAAUUACUUAUUCCGUGUCAAUCUUCAGAUUUAGCAUCUUCUUAUUUUGUUCCUUACGAAGGAAAUUCAUGUUAAAUUUGUUAUGCAGAAAAUUCACCCCUUGUACAAAUUCUGUAAAAUUACUAGUUGUGUAUUUAAAGUUUUGUGUUCUAAUACUGCCAUUUUAUUGUUCACUACAUAAUCAUGGUAAAACUAAUUACUCACCUGUGAAACUCUAAAUAAAACCAAUUGCAUUUUAACGAACAUUUUGCAAACUAUCACCUGUAUUUACAACAUACAGAUUUCUCUAAAAUAAUUUCUAUAUUCAGUUCAUACUUGUAAAUAUCUCAAAUGAUUUUUCAUUCUUUCUGAAAACUAGUAUUUUAAUAAACAAAAUGAAUUCUCUGUAAGAUUAA